ACGUGAAGAAGAGGCUGUGCGUUCACUUCCUGCAUGAUUCCACGUGCAAAUCAACUUCAGCUCAGCUAGCCCAGCGAGUCCAAACAGCAACAUGAAACGUCCAAAGUUAAAGAGAGCAAGCAAACGUGUUUCUUGCUCCAAACGUUACAAAAUACAGAAAAAGGUUCGGGAGCAUAACAGAAAACUGAAAAAAGAUGCUAAAAAGAAAGGCGUGAGCAAUCGAGUGAAGAAGGAUCCAGGAGUCCCCAACAUCGCCCCAUUCAAAGAGGAAGUUCUGAGAGAGGCAGAACUGAGAAGGUUAAAGCUUGAAGCAGAAAAGGAAAAAAAGAAAGUUGUCAAACAAGAACGAGCUAAAAAGAGAAAGAAGGAAAGAGAGACUAGUGUUGGUGAUGCUGACAAAGUCAAAAGAGCGCGGAAGGAAAAGAUUGAAAAAAAGCUGGCUGAUAAGGGUUUUGUCACACCCACAAAGAAGUAUCUGCGUUCAGAAUUGAAUAAGGUAAUUGAUGCGUCUGAUGUCAUCAUUGAAAUCUUGGAUGCCAGAGAUCCCCUGGGUUGCCGUUGCCCUCAACUUGAGGAGGCCGUGCUUAAAAGGGAAGGAAACAAGAAACUUAUGUUCCUGUUAAAUAAAAUAGAUCUUGUACCUAAAGAAAAUGUUCAGAAGUGGCUGCAGUGUCUACAGCUUGAGUUUCCUACUGUAGUAUUCAAGGCAUCCACACUGCUUCGGGACAAAACAGUGCAAGAGAAGAAGAGCCGAAUGGCAACAGCAAACGGAGUCGUGGACCACACUAAGGGAGUGGCUUGUUUCGGCGGCAGCUGUCUUCUCCAGUUGCUAGGGGAACACGCAAGAGGCAGAGAGAAUGAAAGCACGCUGAAAGUAGGCGUAGUUGGAUUCCCCAAUGUUGGAAAAAGCAGUCUUAUUAACAGCCUGAAAGGAAUGCGGGCUUGUAACGUAGGAUUCGAGAGAGGAAUCACAAAGAGUAUGCAAGAGGUGCACAUAGCCAAAAACAUAAAGAUGGUUGACAGCCCGGGGAUAGUGGCGUCUCCUUCCAACCCGCCUGCAUCCAUGGCAUUGAGAAGCCUCCAGGUGGAGGAGAAGGAGGAGGAUAUCCUGGAAGCUGUCAGGACCUUGUUAAAACAAUGCAACAAAGAGCAGAUUAUGCUCCAGUACAACGUCCCAGACUUCAGAAACUCUUUGGAGUUUUUAACUCUCUUUGCCAAGAAACGUGGUUAUCUGCAGAAGGGCGGUGUUCCAAACACACAGGAGGCUGCUGUGACCUUCCUGAGUGAUUGGACGGGAGCAAAGCUGAGCUACCACAGCAAAGCCAAUGACAAGGCCAUCCUCCCCCCUUACCUCACUGAUGCCAUAGUGACUGAGAUGCAGAAGGGUUGGGACCUUAACAUGCUGAGGAAGGGCAACGAGGAGACUAUGAGAAGUGUGAAGUUCCCUAACCAGGCAAGCAGCAUUGUUUUCACCUGCAAAGGCCCCACUGCAGGUAUCCUGACUGAGACGGACAUCCCUGAGGAAAGACCAGCAGCUGGGAAACCUGAGGAGGAUGUAGUGGACAUGGAAGAAGGAUGUGACAAUAAAUUGCCCGAAGAUAAACCUGAGGAGAUGGGAGAAAUUGAGACGUCACAGAAAGAAGAGCCAGCGACUAAAAAACCAGUGACGGUGAAGUUCCUGUUGGCUCCGGUCACCAUAGACCCCACCUCUGUAAAGACGAAUGACGCAUAUGACUUCAACACUGAUUUUAAUUGAACAUUUAUGUUUUGUGUUUGUGAUGUCAAGUCUUUCCCCAUGUUUCAUUACUGGUAAACGACCUUAAUGUAAAACCUGUUUACCCACCAAUUUACUAGUGAAGUACUUCUAUACUUUUAGUAGUAUAGAGGUAUUUUGUUCAUAUGGAUUGUUGUAUAUAGUCUGAACACACAAAUAAAUAUCCUGUCUUACAAUGA